UUCCGCUCUCUCCGUUGGAGGAGCAGCGCCUCAUGCUAGUCAGAGAAAUGCCUGGUUUAAGUAAAGUGUAACCGCUUAAUUUCAAUUUUUUGUUACCGACAGUCAUGUAACAGUGAGUGUAGAUUAAACACCGCCAUGUGGUUUUUGUGUUUGAGCGUAAUUUUGUCUCAAAAACAUCCAGCCGUCACGUUAUUGUAGCGUUAGUUUGCAAACAGUAGCUUUAUGGUGCGCGGCGUCACAACAAACAACUACAACCAACACACUAAAACUUAGUGCGACGACUCCCCAAGACCAACAAAAUGCCAUCGAGAAAUCAUCUUGACAAAGUUGGGAGGAAGAAGAAGAAGAAAUGGACAGAGGAGGCCAUGGAGCGUGCACUAAUCGAGGUGAAGUCAGGGAGGUGCACAGUGAGACAGGCUGCCAAAGAGUUUGGAGUCCCUAAAUCUUCACUGGGGGACAGAGUCAGCGGAAGGGUGACACCAGGGAGUCGCAGCGGGCCAGCUCAGCUUAUAACAUCUGCCGAUGAGGAGCUGUUAGUGGAGUUCUCCUUAUACAUGUCCAAGCAUGGAUUCCCACUUACCAAGCAGCAGCUGGUGUCCUUUGCCUCAUCCAUUUAUAAGCGGCAGCAUCGGAGGGUGGCAUUUUCCAAGCUGGGCCAGACCUGGUGGCUCAAUUUUAGAAAACGGCAAGAAAAGAAUAUUACCAUUCAGCCAGCAGACAAUGUUGUCCGUGGGAGGACAGUAUGUGUGAGGAAGGAAGCAGUGGAUCAGUUUUUUCAUUUGCUGAGCACGGUCAUCGACGCUCAUGGUCUCAGAGACAAGCCUCACCAAAUCUUCAACUGCAAUGAGACAGGCUUUCAGCUGGGCAGGAAGAGGGUGAUUCUCCCCAAACCUGCCAGUCUGGGCUACAAGCCAAUGCCAGGCUCGAGGGACCACAUCUCUGUCCUGGCUUGCUUUAGCGCAGCUGGAGAGGACAUUCCUCCAUUUAUUAUCUACUCAAAGGCCUAUCCAGGGGGAGUAUGUUACAAGACACAAGGGCCACCACAUGCCCUCUACGGAUGGUCAGAUUCUGGGUGUGUCAACUCUGACCUCUUUAAGAAAUGGUUCCUCAAACAUUUUCUUGUGCACGCACCCAAGGAGCGUCCACUGCUGCUGAUUUUCGAUGGCCACAAGUCACCUGUGAACCUGGAGGUGGUGGAGGCAGCUCGUAAGGAGGACGUCAUCCUUCUGUGCCUUCCUCCUCAUUGCUCCCACAUCCUGCAGCCGCUCGACGCCGGUCUCUUUGUGCUCCUGAGGCAGCGUUUCGCUGCGCUCAUUGGUGAUGGCUGUGCCACAGAUACGCACUUUGCAAUAAGCAAGAAGGAGUUCUCUGGUGUAUUUAAAGGGACGUACUAUGUAGCAAAGGAAGAGGAGGGUGUCAGGGUUGUCAAGGAAGGCUUUAGGAAAUGUGGCAUCUAUCCGCUGAACCACUUUGUCAUUAACGAGGGUCAUUUAAUGCCAUCGCACAGCAUGGGCCCAGCAGCUGAUCCAUCCCUGUCCGCAUCAACGCCAGGAGUGCACACCGUAGGAGACCUCACAGCUGCUGGACCCUCCUUGUAGCUCAUUACUACCCAAGACUAUCAAUCAGCCAUCAGUACCUCUGAGCUAAGAGCCUUCAUGCAGAGUGCUCUGCUUGUCAGCUCGCGAAGAAGAAAGGGGUGUGCUGAUAUUAAUUACUUGUCAAAGUUGUGCACAGAUUUAGUAAUUGAGUAAUAAUGUUUUAAUGCUGCACAACAGUGGUUCCCAGCCUGUGGGGGUGCCAAGUUAAAACUAAGAGUCAAAACAAAAGGAUUAAUAAAGAGAAUUAUAGGCUGUGUUUCUGCUUUACAAAAGUAUGCUUUCUCUUUUCUGAAUAUUUGCUAAUUGUUGGAUAUGUUCACCUCUUAAGACCUCAAUCAGUCCUUUAGACUCAACUAUCUGAGAAGGAAAAAACACUUUUGCUUUGAACUUUUCUCAAUUCAUGUUUGCAUAAAGGGCCUAAGUUGUGUGUCAGAGCCUUUCUCAACAGCAUGUCAUGAAGCUCGCUUCUUGUGUUUAGAUAAAUCUUGUAAUUUUUGAGAAACAAUUUAAUAUCAUUGUUUAUUUAAUAUUUACAUUUUUAGCUGCUUUUAACACCAUUUCCUGUAAGUUCUAGACGUUCACAAGCUAAAUGUCACGUGUCAACAGAGGGGCGAGCCCAUGAACGAGUGGAGGGGUCACAGCUAGCUCAGGCAUGUCUGUAAUAACAACAGGACAGAGAGGAGUGAAGGCUGUACAAGUUGUUAGAUUUCAAUGAUUUCAAGAAAGAAAAGAAGAGAGUUGGUGAGUUUUACUGAUGUGGAGAAAACCAAGUUACAAAAGCGUAGUACUUUUUGUGGACUCACAAAAUAAUCAUUGAACUUUUUUCAAACUAUGAAGGUCUUGGUUUCUCAUAGCAAGUGUUUUAAUGGCUGAUGCCGAUUCGUCUUAGAAUAUGGAAAGUAAACCUCAGGAAUGAGAGAUUGCAUUUAGUUUCAGGAGCUGUGUGAGGCUAAGCCAGACCUGAUGUCGGGACUUUGACUCUGUUAAGGCCGUAACAUGUCACGAGGGAAAUCACAAGCCAGAAAGGAUAGCAACUACUGCUGUAUGACAAAUUUACCUUCAGCUCUGUCAUUUCUCUUGUAUGAGAAUGGUGGUGAGCCAGCACGUUAAGCUAACUAACAUCAAGCAAUAUAAAUACAGACAAUGCUUGAUUUCUAUUACGUCUACAAGCUGUAUGCUCUGAACUAGCUUUUUAAUUCUUUACUGAUCAAACAAGUUGUUUACCCAUUCAGUGUGUAUUUAUUGAUCCAACAGAUCUGAAAUAUGAGAACAGAUUCACCUCAUUUCCCUUAAAAUACUUACUAAGAUAAAACCUUAUCCACAAUAUUUAGUGUUUUUUUAGCUUGAGACACUUGUGUCACAUUUAUUAUGGUCCAGUAUUCACGCAGAAGUUCCAAUUAAAAAUCGUGAUUGUGAUAUGUGAUUACUCCUUUGUAGUGUUCAAGCCUGCUGUGAAACACACUGACAGAACAGAGGAGUAAACAUGUUUUUUUUUUUACCCUGACACUGAGAGGAGAAAUGAUAACAUGUCUCUGAAACAGCUAACUCACUUCAGUUGUGAAUCUUUUAUUCCUUUGCUGGAGUACUCUACAUGCAUUUGGUCCAUUGGAUAGUUACAAACGGAAUAUAUUGUCUAAAAUAUCUAAGCGCUAUUGAAGAAAGUCAAGCCCUUUUAUGAUUUUGGGCAGCAGUGUCUAAAUACAUAAGUAUGUUCAACUACAUAAUGUUUUCUAUUCUCUCAGUAGAAAGGAGCCUACAGUGUGACCUCAGGGAGAAAAUCCACAAUAAAGGAUUUUUUAAAAAAUA